AUGCUUUGUUGGUAUUCUAUAAGUUCAUUAGCAAAUAUAAUUGGUAAACGUCUACUUACUGUAUUUCCACAUCCAUUUAGUGUUACAGUUGCUCAACUGUUUCACGGAUGGGUUUAUUCUGUGCCAUUACUUCGUUUAAUGGCUAUACCACCAUCAAUUCAAUUACAUUCAACGCGUAUUUAUUAUAUCAUGAUUUUAGUUCCGUUAGCAAUAGGAAAACUACUUUCACAAUUAACUUCACAAAUCAGUUUACGAUUAGUAACAGUUUCAUAUGCGCAUACAAUUAAAGCAUUGAUGCCUCUAUUUACAGUUAUAUUAUCAAAAAUUAUACUUGCUGAAGAACAAUCGAUUACGAUUUAUCUUUCACUUAUACCUAUUAUCCUUGGUGUUAUAAUAUCAUCGAUAAGUGAAUUUUCAUUUGAUACGAUUGGCUUCAUCAGUGCAUUACUUAGUACAUGGUUUCAUGCUCUUCAAAAUGUCUAUUCGAAAAAAACACUUAAACAAAUAGAUAUACAUCAUUUAGCAUUGUUAUCUGUUCUCUCUAAAAUAUCUUGGUGUCUUCUUAUGCCAUUCUGGUUUUUACUUGAUGGGCCACAUAUUGAUUUCAAACGAGAAUUAACAUCAAAAGUAAUAUGUUUUCUAUUAAUCGAUGGUUUAUGUAAUUUUAUUUAUAAUGUUCUUGCAUUUACAAUGAUUUCAUAUCUUUCACCAUUGAGUUAUGCAAUAGCUGGGAGUACAAAACGUAUAGUUGUUAUUAUAAUCUCUAUUGUUGUUUUUCAUAAUCCUAUAACUUAUAUGAAUUUAUUUGGUAUUAGUUUAGCUAUAAGCGGUUUAAUUCUAUAUAAUAAAGUAAAAUAUAAUGAGAAGAAACAACAAUUAUUAUCGUCCCAUACAAUGACGCUACAACCAAUAUUACUCACACGAUUACCAUAA